UGGUCUUGUCAAACCUGGUCAUCUGCUAGCCAUUAUUGGAGCAAGUGGUGCCGGCAAGUCGACUCUGCUCAACAUUAUCACAAGUAGAUUCCGAGAGCCUCUGAUUGUGGAAGGCAAAGUCACUGUGAAUGGUCAGUCUCUGGGUAAAGCCAUCAGCAGUAUCUCCGCCUAUGUCCAGCAGGAUGACCUGUUUAUCGGCAUACUGACUGUCAGGGAACAUCUCAACUUCAGGGCUACUCUGGGUAUGGACAAACAUGUGACCAAAAACCAAAGGCUGGCAAGGGUAGAGAAAGUAAUCAAUGAAAUGGGGCUAUCGAAGUGUGCGGACACCCUAAUUGGGACACCUGGCAGGAUUAAGGGAAUAUCAGGAGGAGAGAUGAAGAGGUUGUCAUUUGCCUCAGAGAUCCUGACGAAUCCUGCACUGAUGUUUUGUGACGAGCCUACAUCUGGCCUGGACUCCUUCAUGGCUCAGAACAUUGUACAGACCUUACAGACCAUGGCUGCCAAGGGCCGCACAAUUAUCUGUACAAUCCAUCAGCCUUCCUCAGAAGUCUUCAACAUGUUUGACCAACUGUUGAUUUUGGCAGAAGGCCGUGUGGCUUACAUGGGGCCAUCAUCAGGAGCCAUUCCAUUUUUCAAAAGUCAGGGGUUGACCUGUCCCAGUAACUAUAACCCUGCUGAUUUCUACAUCCACACCUUAGCCAUUGUUAAUGGCAAGGAGAAGGAAUGCAGGACAAGGGUGGAGCAAAUCUGUGAUGCCUAUGAGAAGUCUGAACAAGCUGCUGUGAUAAACAGAGAACUGGAGGAGUUUGUUUCAGAUCACCAUGAUUUAGGGGAUGCCUGGGUGGAUAUGUCAAGCAUCAGGAGGUACAAAGGGAGCUGGUGUAAACAGUUUGCUGCUGUAUUCUGGAGGUCCUGGCUUGGCAACUUCCGGGAUCCUAACCUUCAGAAGAUACGUCUCCUACAGAGCAUUGUAAUCGGUGUGAUACUGGGACUGGUGUACCUCAGACAAGAGUACAACCAGGAGGCCAUACAAAACCUGAACGGAGCACUCUUCCUCAUCAUCACCAACAUGAGCUUCUCCAACAUGUUCGCCGUCAUCAAUUCUUUUCCGAUGGAGCUGCCAAUCUUCAUGAGAGAGCACGGAUCCAGACUGUAUCGUGUGGAUGUGUACUUCAUAAGUAAAACCAUAGCAGAGCUACCUAACUUCAUUGUGUUCCCAGCAGUGUUCUGUGCUGUCAUCUAUUGGAUGAUAGGCUUCUACGAGGCUGUGGAACAGUUCUUCAUCUUUAUGGCUAUCAUGAUCUUUGUGGCAAAUAUCGCUGUGUCUGUAGGCUAUGUGAUAUCCUGUAUGACGGGCAGCUUGAAUAUCGCCUUGGCGAUAGCUCCUCCUCUCCUUAUUCCACUGAUGCUGUUUGGGGGAUUUUACGUCAACACCGGAACUGUCCCUGUGUAUUUUGUGUGGUUAGAAUAUUUGUCAUGGUUCAAAUAUUCAAAUGAGAUUGUGACCAUCAACCAAUGGAAAGAUGUGACAGACUUAGCUUGUCCUAACAACACGCUGGGUCAGAGGCCAUGCUUUACGAAUGGACAGGAAGUACUGGACUCCCUGAACUUUAGCAACGACAAUAUAACAUUGGACCUGGGAUUGAUGGCUGCCCUGUUAGUGGGCUAUAGGGUGUUGGCCUUCCUUUUGCUCCUUCUUCGCUCCAGGAAGCUGUGAGGUUAUCAAAGGGAGAUAAGGCUGUCAGACUCUGGCUUUUUAUGCUUGUCAAGGUAUAGCCAUUGCUUCUGAGGGAUGAAUGCAUGUGCAAUUGUGUGCAAUUAAUGGAAUGUGUAAUGGCUAAAAUCUGCUAAUUUGUGUCGGUGCUACCAGAUCUGUUGAAUACACUUGCUGGUUUCUCUUGUAAUAUGCAUGUAACAAUAUAAAAACCCUUUAAUGUUGUUAUUUGAAAAAGGAACAAAAAUAGAUAGUGUCCAACUUUUAUAUUAGUUUUCACUACUUUAGAACAUAACUUUAGAAUUCAUAUUUGUGUAAUGAAACUAGUGAUUUGAACAGGUUUAAUAUUUAUGAUCUGACAUGUUAAGAAUUAUUCACAUUUUUAAAGCUGAUCAAAUUGAUACUUUUUCUACCUUGUGUAAUUUUUUUCCCUAGGGUGACAUUUUUUAACCCCACUUAUCUGUAUAUGUAGAUGUUGUGUAUAAAGUGUUGAAAAGUAAAAGUGUCAUAAUUUACAUAAGUAUUAUUAAACAAGCAAUUAUAUCCGAACAAAGAAUAUUUUAUAAUUUUUUAUCUUGUAAUUUAUUUAGUUGUAUUCUCUUUUGUACUUCAACAUGCAUGACAUGGCCAAAGAAUAAUACUGACAGUGUUUUUUGGUCUUUUUUUUCCCAUACUUUAAACAACUUUGGAAGAAGUUUUAUUAAUAAUUAUGACUAUACAAAUAUGUAUGUGUUAAUACCAUCUGAUAUGAACUUCUGUGAUGUGAUUGUCAGUAUAUCCAGAACAUGUGUGUGCUAGUUGAUCUUAACCAUCAUGAGUUUUAAAUAUCACAUUUUCAGCGGUUUUCAUAAUUGGUCACUGGUGUAAUAUUUUUACCAAAUUCACAAAACUUCUGUUCUGCUCUGUUAUUUUUUACUACAGAUUGAUGCUGUAUUGUGUAUAAGAAGUGAUUAGCAUGCUGUAUGCUAUUGAUUUAUUGCAAUGUGUAACAUUUAUGUCAGGUAUUGUCCACAAGCACAUGCCACAAAGUUUAUAAUACUGGUAAUGUUUUACGAAGAUUAACAUUCUAAUGUCACGUAUUACACUUAUUAUGAGAGGUGAUUAUUUUCAAAUGAACAGUAUUUUCAAUGUAAUUUUUUUGUCCAAUGUAAUGUUUUUGUGUAAUGUACUGUUUUUUGUUUGUGUUGAUUGAAAGACGUUUUGACAUCUUUCAAGAUGUGUAAGUAUUGGUGUCAUGUUCUGUUUUGCAUGUUUUAGCUGUGGUUUAUUAUUUAUUCACUAGAGGUUAAGCAUACAGGUAUGUGGUAUCUGUAACAACAGUGAAGGUCACAAAGUUUGAGACAAACAGAUAAGUAUAUUCUGUAACAUCAGUGAAGGUCACAAAGUUUGAGACAAACAGAUAAGUAUAUUCUGUAACAUCAGUGAAGAUCACAAAGUUUGAGACAAACAGAUAAGUAUAUUCUGUAAAAUCAGUGAAGGUCACAAAGUUUGAGACAAACAGAUAAGUAUAUCCUGUAACAUAAGUAAAGAUCACAAAGUGUGAUACAAACAGAUAAGUAUAUCCUGUAACAUCAGUGAAGAUCACAAAGUUUGAGACAAAGAGACAACAUUCUGUAACAUGGAUGAAGAUGACAAAGUGUGAGUGAGUGAGUGAGUGCUUGGGGUUUAACGUCGUACUCAACAAUUUUUCAGUCAUAUGACGACGAAGGAAUCCUUAGGGUGCAUGUACGUGUAAUGUGCCUCUUUGUUGCAGGCCGGAUUUCCACCGCUCUUUUAUUUAGUGCUGCUUCACUGAGACGACUUACCGAAGGCAAGUAAGCCACCCCACCCGAGCCAUUAUACUGAUACGGGUCAACCAGUCGUUGCACUAUCCUCUUCAUGCUGAACGCCAAGCGAAGAAAUUACAACUUCCUCUUUUAAAGUCUUAGGUCUUACUCGAUCAAGGAUUGAUCCUGGAUCUACCGGUCCCGAAGUGGACAAAGUGUGAGACAAACAGAUAAGUAUAUUCUGUAACAUGAAUGAAGAUGACAAAGUGUGAGACAAACAGAUAAGUAUAUAUCUGUAACAUGGAUGAAGAUGACAAAGUGUGAGACAAACAGAUAAGUAUAUUCUGUAACAUGGAUGAAGAUGACAAAGUGUGAGACAAACAGAUAAGUAUAUAUCUGUAACAUGAAUGAAGAUGACAAAGUGUGAGACAAACAGAUAAGUAUAUUCUGUAACAUGAAUGAAGAUGACAAAGUGUGAGACAAACAGAUAAGUAUAUUCUGUAACAAGUGUAAAAAUUUUUCACUGAGCUUCUGUCAAACGACUGUCCAUACAUGUAUAUAAAUGUUAUAUGUGAAUUUUCCCUGAUACUAAUUGUAAUUAUAUUUUAAAAAAUUCACCUGAAUAUGGUAAAAUUGUCUUCUUUUCUUGUGAUGGAUCGAUUUUUUACCUGAAAAUAUGAUCAUUCAGUGUGUCCACAUAUGGGUGUAUAGAAUUUUACAAGUUCAGAUUUUAUAAUGGUUGUGAAGUUAUUGUUGACAAGUACCUCACCUUUUAUCCAGUGAGCAAGGAAUAAAGUUCAUGAUGUAGUAUUCCUGUUCACAGGAGAUAUAGAUAUGUAACGAUUUUUGCAAGUCUGUAGUGUAGUUUUAUACGGCAGGAUCAUGGAAAAAAGAGAAUAUAUGCAGGAAAAGGUGUAUUUGUGACAAACAAACGCUAACCAUGACAGAGUAGUUUAGUUUAUUGAGAUAUUUUAUGACAAAUAUCAUUUCUGUUUAUCACUUUUAACCUUGUAACAAUAUUUGUUAUUGAUAUUUUUUUUCACUCGAAGUUAGUAUUUUGAUAUCAAAGAAUAUUGUUUUCAUAAAAGAUAUACUAUAUAUGAUCAAUAAAUAAAUGAAUAA